AUGCAGUCGAUGGAAUCCACAUCCGACUAUGCACUCGUCUCUAUCGACAAGAACUGUGAAGAGAACAGCUAUGCACAUCCGGAUAUGCUGGAGGAAAUGAAGGAGCUGCAUCAGUGUGCAAGACGCUCAUGCUUGAAGACUUCACCUGGGGACGUGGCAUUGCGUGCCUUGUGGAUGCAGGAGCCGGUGUCUCGAGCGAUGCUGUAUCCAGGAGAUGCCAUCUAUAUCCCUCCGGGCUGGUGGCACUCUGUGCGCACCUGGCAGCCGCAAGAGGCAGCGGCUGCACAACGAUCGAUGCUGCUAGCCUUGGAAGUGCUCUCGUGCCAGCAUGCCUUGGUCGGUCUUCCUGAGGAGCACAUCAACAAGCUGCUGAAGAAGCUGGGGGUGCAGGAUGACGGCGAGGAGACUUUCAUUGCAGUGGAUUAG